UCGUGUUUAUAAAAUAAAUAUUAAAAAACAAAAAGUAAUAUUGAUAUUACCUUGUAGAUAAUAAAUAUUCUUAUGUAUUUUGUAAUUUUGUGUUACUAAUUACAAUUACACUUAUAGACGUCAAUACUUCAUAAAUUAAUGAUACACUUCGCUUAACAAGUGUAUUACCUAGAGUUAUAUGUGAAGCUAGAUGAUGGUAUUCCUUAUAGGCCGGUUAUAGCUAUUAGAACUUGGAUCAGGAAUAGUAGAAGACGGUCUGAAGAGGAUUUGUAUUACGAAAAUUGGAGGUGAACGAUGGUAGUAGUUUACAGAUGAAUUAUGAAUAAUUUCCAUGCAAAAAAUUGCAAACAUUGACUACCUACGGUGCCACUGCAUAUAAAGAUGAAUGUACUGCGUUAUCGACUUUCACGACAAUUGAACCGAAGGUCUCAAGAUUUAUCGAUUCUUGGGUACACAGUUCUUCUCCAUUGGACAUAGAUUUGGAUAAUGCAACGCCAAUUAUUCUUCCACCAUUAAUUUGGUCGGAAUCAGAGACGAUACCUUUAAAAAUGUCUGUUAGAAAUAUAGGAAUGACAUGUAGGUAAUGUUGAUGCCGAAUAUUCCGGACCAAGACCUUCUUUGAGUGGUUCUAUAUUACAGUAUCCAUACGAGUUUUCAAGUUUUCAUUUUCAUUGGGGCACUAAACAUGAUAAUGGUAGUGAACAUCGUACAAUGGGAAAAUGUUCCCCUAUGGAAAUACACUUGGUGUUCUAUAAUAUCAGCUACUCAAGUACUUCCGAAGCCUUUAACGCCCAAGAUGUUGGAUCGCUAUGAAAAUAUCAUGUUGGACAAUUUGACGUCAAAUUUAAAAAAUAUUAAUAAGCCAGGAGAAUUAAUCGAAAUUGAUUCGUUUGCAUUAUCAAGUUUGUUUGAUAAUGAUUUACAAAAUUAUUACAUGUAUUGGAGUGCAUGUGAAGUAAUUCAUGAAAAUAUAGUAUUAUGGAUAAUUUCUUCAAAAGAAAUUUCAAUCAAUGAAGCACAAUUAUCUCGUAUGCGAUCUCUAAGAGGAUUUGAUAAUAAGUAUAUACUGUCAAAUUGUCGAUUGCCAAAAUUAUCCGGGGAGAACAAAGUGCUACGCGUGACCCAGCAUUCAAUGGACCAAAAGGAAAUUCAGUCGAUGGAAGGAAAUGACGAUAGUGCAUUAGUAACACCAGAAAAAACGGAUAUGCCAGGUAACAUGGUCAAAUCAAGUACAUCUGCGCAAACAAUGCAAAAAGAACCGGAACCGUUACCUAAUAAAAGCAAUAUUAAUAGUGAUACGGUCAAAAAAGAAGAUGUGAUUAUUUCGGUAGUCACUACCACUACAAUAGCUAAUCCGAUAGUGAUAAACGCAACUCGGCCUAAAAAAGAUAUAAUACCUACAAAAUCACUCGAUUUGGAGGAUCAAUGUAAAGAUGCGGAGCAUAUUUUGAACUUUACGAAACCUUUAUAUUCGAAUAACAAAGAGAAAAACAUACUAAAUGAUUCGGAACUUACAAAGAAUUUAGUUAUAAGGUUCGUGAGAAAUUGCGAUUCAUUAUCAUUAUUAUAUUUAUAGUAAACUUUUUUUUUUUUUUUUUUUUUUUUUCCUGUUUUAACCAACGACGCCGCGGGACUGCUUUCGCAUUGCUUCCGCGGCGCCGCCAUCGUUUAUUGAAAGUUAUAGUAAACUUUACCCGUCUCUAUUUGCAUAUUUUAAUUAGGUAUGUAGUAAAAAAAAAAUUUUUUGGCAACGUCUAAAAUUUGUUCAACUACAAAAUAAUCUAUUAUAAGAAAAAAUGAUAAUAAAUGCUUUAUAUUUUACCUGAUAGUAUUAUUAUUAUCGACCCAAAUAGAUCCAUCGACGACCUUAUAUUUGAUUUAACAAAUUACGAUAAAAUGGAGUUAAAAACCUCUCACAGGCCGGAGGUUCAGAAAACCCAUAGGGAAGGCGUUCGAAUGAAUGCUACAGCUUUAAGAAGAGAAAUGCAUAUUAAAAACAAAGAUAUAAUAUCUACAAAAUCACAUGAUACCGAGGAUCAACGUGAAGAAAUGGAGUUGGUGCCCGAGAAUUUUGAAUCGGUUUUUAAUCUAAUGCAGCCUUUAGAUACAAAUAAUAAAGAGAAAAUUAUACUUAAUGAUGUGGAACAGAUAAAUGAUAUGGUUAUAAGGUUUGACUAAAUUACGAUUUAUCAUUUCUAGAUUUAUAAUAAACUGUAUGUGUCCUUACCUAUAGUCAAUUAAAAUCGUACAUUAAAUGGGAAAAAUUUGUUUUACGGACAUGAGUCUAAUAAAAUUAAUACAUUUUUUACACCCACCUGAAAUUUAUAUUAUCUAAAAUUUGAAUAAUCAAUUAUUAAAAUAUAAAUAUAAAUAAUAAUUAUAAUAAUUGAUUUCUAUUUUACUUAAUACUAUUAUCU